AUGGAUACCCCUCACCAUGACGCCCACGCCUCCCACAUGGUCGUUUACCAAGUCACCCUCUCCGCCCUCAUCAUCACCCUCAUCGCCCUCUCCGCCUUUCUAUGCUACAUCAACUGGCGCUACUGGAAGGUCCGCGGCCAAGGCGUCAAGGCCGUGGAGCUCGCGCAGAAGCUCAUGGAAGCCGUGCGUCGCCGCGACGAUCAGCUGGACGACAUUGAAGCGCAGCUCAUGAACUCGCAGCAUGCACGUUGUGGUUCUCCACGCCCCCAAGCGGGCGGACGUAUUCUUCAUGGUCCGGCUUUUGUCGUGGGCGAUGAUAGCGACGACGACGACGAUGAGACUGUGGUGGGUACCGUCUGCACCGGUCAUAGCGUGGUUGUGACCCCGACGCAGGGGGAGAAGCAGAUGCACAUUCCGCACAAGGCUGUGCUGGUGGACGAAGACGUUGAUGAUGAUGAUUUUGAUAUUGCUGACUUUGAUCAACGUAGCCUUUCACCACCCCCUGUUGCCUUUGGCCGAGGUAGGUCCUUGACCAAGGGCAUUCCGAUGAGUGAGAUGGCGGCCACGCCUGUUCUUAGGACGCUCGCAUAA